AUAAUUUUUGAUAGGUUAUAAAAUAUUUGAUUUUUGCUUUUUGCAACCGGGAGUUUUGAUUUAUUAUUUAUUUAUAAUUCAUAAAUUCAUAGGAUUUAUUUGAGGGAAAAUUUGGCACAGAUUUGGGGAUGCCUGUUGUGUUAAGUGUUGGUAGAGAGUAAUCAGUUACUAUCAUGGGAAAAGUAAAGAAACCAAAAGCGAAAGCGCUAGGUGCGUUUGAAUCCAAAAAUAAUAGUGCUCCAAUAAAGGAAUCCAUUUCAGCCAACUUUGAUUUUAGUAUAAAACAAGGAAAAUCAGUUGUGGCAGAUGAUGUAAAAAGUGUUCUCUCAUAUAAAUCCAUUAAGUCCCAUAAUCCAAUUAACAGGAUUAUAAAGAAAAAAGAAAAAGUGAAUCUAAAACGAAAGUUACUUAUGAAAAAAAUUGAUUUAGGCAAUGUACUAAAGAAAGAACAAAAGAUCAGGGACAAGAGAAAAAAUACAUCACUUAUUGGUGACACUAAUCCACUGCAUGAUGCUUUACCUUCACUGGAUUCAUUAUUAAAGAAAAAAUCAGAUCUUGAUUAUCAGGCAAGUAAAGAACCUAAAAAGAAAAAGGGUGUAGAGAAAGCUACUAAGAGGAAAAAGAAACUUACAAGUAAUAUGGAAUUUUACAAGAGAGCUAUCAAAGACACAACAUUUAAGAAAAAUCCUUUUGCUGUUAUAUCACAGCAUGUUCAGGCUGUGGUUCAACAAGAAAGAUGUAAAAUUAACUAGAGUAUCUGAAAUGUUAUUUUGUAAUGUCCAUUACAUUUGGAUGCCUGUUAUAUAGAUAAAUAUUGUUACGAUAA